UCAGAUGUGGUCGAGUUUGAAUUCUCCAGUGGGAAAAGGGCUAUGCAAGUCUACACUGAUGGGUGGUGUUGAUCAAAACUAUUCGCUGCUGGCAGACCAGAUGAGAGAAAAAACGCAGCACAAGAAGAUACAAAAAUGGGUUCGAAUUUUUGCCACUGCCAUGACGGGUUCCGUCUACUUUUCGAAGGGGUUGAUGUUUUCGGUCCCGGGACCCACCCUCCUCAGUCUUCAAAACAUCGUGGACACAAGUGUUGAUGAGAUCACCUGGAUCUACGGUGCACGUGGAAUCGGCCUCAUCGUCGGUUGCUUCAUGCUUGGCUUCGUCGUGAAGGAUAGGUGGAGGUCGGCAAUGUUCGGAAUCAACUUCGUCGUUGCUGGCCUUUCCUUUGGUUUCAGUCCAUGGUGCCGAUCAUUGACCUCGAUCCUCGUAGCCUUCACAGUGAGUGGAUUUGGCAUGGGAUUUGUUGAAGCGGGCGGUAACUAUUUCAUUAUGGACUUGUGGGGUGAGAGCAGUCCAGCUAUCCUCGCCGCCGUCAUUGGAUGUUUUAUCAUAGGCGCCACCGUAUCUCCUUUGAUAGCAAUUCCUUUUCUCCCAGCCGAACAUUUCAACAGAACUAACAGAGCAGGCACAUUUUCAGGAGCGAAGCAUUUCAACAGUACUAUCAUAGAAACGAACACGACGAAUGGAAGCAACGUGGACGUAGCAUAUGGGAUAGAGUGGGACUCUCGCCGUAAUGUUCACAUUGAGACGCUGUACUUUAUCAUAAUGGUUAUCGCAUGCGUCUCUGGUUUGUGUUUGGCAUGCGGGUCGGCUUUAGUCAGUCAUUUUGGCCAAGACAGAGGCGAAUCCUCUCCACAUACGAAAGUAGAGAACGAGCAAAAGAAAGAGACAGAGACGUCAAUCGUGCCAAAAGGGAGCUCUUAUAUCUUCAUCGUCUGCCUAAUGUUUCUGUUUAUCAUGGUUCUGAUUGGCUUGGAGUUGAAUUUCUACGGGAUGGUGGCAGCGUACAUUGUUCUUGGGAUGAAUGGCACUAAGCAAGAAGGGACGCUGAUGGUUUCAUACUUUUGGGGGAUAUAUGCCGUCUUCAGUACCGUAGGAAUCGUAACAUCGAACUUUUUCACACCUUCGACCCUUCUGCUUGUAAACCUUGCCCUGAUAACCGUUGCUAAUAUUUUCCUUGUUUCGAGCGCUCCCACGUGGGUCACGCUCUGGGUUGGGACUACCGUGUUGUCCAUCGGAUUCGGUUCCACGUACGCCGGGGUGUUCAUCUGGAGCAACUUCUAUCUCAAAUUAUCGCAUAAAGUGUCGGCGGCACUGGUCGCAGGGGGUCAAGUCGGCACAUGUCUUGUUCCAAUCAUAACUGGUUACUUCUUCGCAAAGGACCCCUUUUCACUGAUGAAAAUCACAAUGGUAUGUGCAUUGAUAUGUGAUGUUCUAUUUGUCCUGGUAGAGGUGGUCGUGUACCGCUACGUCCGCGGUACAAGGCCUACUUCCCUUGGCCUUCGUAAAUUACGCGAAACUGGAUACGAUAAUCUUGAUAGUUGAUAUUAAAGGGAGAAGUUAAAGCCUACCGGAAAUUGUCCAUAUGUUGAUGUAUGGCAACUUGCAAUUAGUAUUGUCAAUGCAGUUCAGAGGAUGAGCUGCAUCCAUAUUGAUGAAGCCAGCUGGCGUUUACCAAACACAAUCAUAAUAAGCCUACGCACAUUAUACAUGUAGAUAUCUUUCAUCCAGUGAAUAUCUCUAUGCAUCUAUGUCUGUAUUCAGUGCAUAUACUCUCUCUCCGGAACUAUAACACCAGACAAAGAAAAGUCACUAGGCCCACCUUAAGAGGCAGAGGUACUGGGUGAAUUUUUCUGAAAUUUUUACAAGUCCGAAACCUCAAACAUGAAACAAAAUAAACAAUGUUGCUUGCUCACUUAUAUCAAAGAUAUAUUUGGGGUGGUAUUCAUUUGGGGUCAGUACGUAACAAAUACUGAAUAAAUGAAACAGUCUUUCGGGUUAACACAUCUUCCUAAUUAUUGUGAACCUGAAAGACUGUUUCAUACCUUCAACAUUGUUCAGCAGCUUCACUGACCCCAAAUUGAUACUUGAUGUUAGUUAGCAAACAUCAGUUUUCAUUUAAUUUCAUGCAUCAACCAACCAGAAAUAAGCAGGUCAUAAGUAAUUCAUAACUGGUUCGCGGUGGAGUUAUCUGGUGUUAUAGUUCCGGAGAUAUGUAAUAGUAUACUAAAUCUCCGGACUAUAUAACACCAUACCGUGUACGGUAUGUUUAAAACUUGUAUCUCCUUUCAUCUCUGUACUUUUAUCUAUGUUUAUUUGCAUACAUUUCACAUUGUACACUGUUUAUCUUGUUUAUUCACCUCUGUAAUAACCAUGGUAUACUGUAAAAAAGGUACGGAAAAAAAGGUACAGGAAAUAAAUGUACACAAUGCAUGAAGUAAAACUGAAUUCUCUUGUUCCCAUGGAGGUAAUCGAGAAGUAAAUGACCCCCACGUCAGUCAGGACCACACACAAAAUUGGUAAUCGCAGUGCCCUGUAGAAUAAGAAUACGACACGAGUAUUUAAAAAAAUUUGAAAGAAAAUGAUUGUAAUUAAAAUAGUGAUAGGCCGAGUGCAGAAAAAAACCCGUCAGCUCCCCUGUUGGGCAACUUCUUCCAUGAAAUUUCCUCUAACUCAUUCCAUAAAAGUACUAAACUAUUAGGGCACCACCUCAGUCGCAGAGGAAGAAAAAUGAGCAAGAAAAUACUUUCCUGUACCUUUUUUUACCUAGAUUCGAUAUGAAUACAGAAUGAAUUGAAAUUGAAAUUGAAAUUGUAUAUGUAAUUAUCAAUUCAAGGCUUGCACUUGUAUUUAUGCGUGAACCAUUUACACCAGUAAUGUAG